AUGUCGCAGCCUGGAGAUGCUUCCGAUGCAUCGAGUGCUGGGAUUGGAGGUAGCGGAGGAGUAAGAAGGCGUCAUUCCGCAUCCCACGACGAGGAUGGCCUGCCACCCACGACACAGAGCGCAAACCCUCCGUAUGCGAUCGAGACUCCCAGAGACGGCGACGAUGCGCCACGAUCGAGGACUUCGGCGGUGGAGAGUACGGCACGCCCGUCGAUUGCGCGCCUGACAACUGAAGAGUCGCCGCGCGUUCGCUUCUCGACGGAUAUCGAGCGCAAUGGCAGGGACGAGAUUGCACACAUUGGGAAGAGUGCUGGCGGGAAGCAAAGGCCUGGAACGCCAGACUUGUCCAUCAACACGCGCGAGGUCUCUCCGGAAGAUCACGCUGAGGCUUCAUCCUCACGCUCACAACUACCACCACGGAAUGGCGUCUCUCGAUCGCCGCUCUCGCCCACUUCUCGCAACCGCGGGUACUCGCUGCGCAGCGCGCUGUUCAGGAGGAACGUCCACGAUACGGCGCAAUCACCGGAUACACAAAUUGAACUGGAGGAGGGCGUUGGGGGGUCACACCCUACGAUGGGACAGGCGGAAGGCUCCAGUGGACAUGCGCCGUCGCGCAAGUCUGGAGACGCCGUCAUCACCGUCACGCCAGAGCAUCUGGACUACGCCUCGUCAGCCUCGGAUAUAUCAAAGUCGAAGUUGGGAGAAGGGCCAAUCGCACUUCCUUGGUUGGAGAGCAAGGGUCCAAGCCGGCGAUCACAAAUCGUCAAGCAGACGAAGGAUCUCGCAGAGCAGGCGCGGAAAUUCAUCUUCCGCAUCAAAGAUGUCCCACCCAGCAAAGAUGGCCGACACAUCCACCUCGAUCCCACGCGCAAAGAGCCCCUCACAGACGAACGUACCGAGCAACCCUACACCAGCAACUGGAUCCGCUCCACGCGCUACUCAGCAUGGAACUUUAUCCCCCGCCAACUCGUCGCCCAGUUCUCCAAACUCGCCAACUUUUACUUUCUUGUUAUUUCCAUUUUGCAAAUGAUACCCGGGCUUAGUACGACGGGCCAGUUUACGACGAUAGUACCGCUGCUGUUUUUUGUUACCCUUUCCAUUGCGAAGGAAGGAUACGAUGAUCUGAGGAGAUGGAGGUUGGACAAGGCGGAGAACAUGAGGGAGGCGAGGGUGUUGCGUUCCAGUCCUGGUUCUGAGACACUGCAGUGGGAGACGAUCAAGUGGCAGGAUAUCAACGUCGGCGAUAUAAUCAAGCUUGAGAGGAACGACGCAGCGCCUGCGGAUAUGGCGCUUCUUCAUACGAAUGGGGAGAAUAAUGUGGCGUUUGUUGAGACGAUGGCGCUGGAUGGGGAGACGAACCUCAAAAGCAAGCAAACGCCUGCUUCCAUCUCCAAGACCAUCAUCGAUCAGGAGGACGUCUUGAAGACGAAGGCCGAGUUUGUUGUCGAAGAUCCGAACCGGGACUUGUACAGCUUUGAAGGUCGUGUGAUGGUCGAUGAGAAGCAAGCGCCACUGACUCUCAGCGAGAUCAUCUUCCGAGGCAGUAUCCUGCGAAACACACCCGAUGCCAUCGGCAUGGUCAUCUACUCCGGAGAGGAAUGUCGCAUCCGGAUGAACUCGAACAAGAACCCCCGCAUUAAGGCGCCCGCCCUGCAAGGCCUUGUCAACCGCAUCGUCGUUCUCAUCGUGGUCUUUGUCAUUCUUUUGUCGGUCUUCAACGCCGUAGCCUACAAGAUUUGGCAGAAGAACGAAGAUGACAUGUGGUAUCUCCGCGGUUCUUCGGUCGCCUUCUUCCCCAGCUUCACAUCUUUCAUCAUCAUGUUCAACACCAUGAUUCCGCUGUCUCUCUACGUCAGUUUGGAGAUUGUCAAACUGGCGCAAAUGUUCUUUUUGCAUACCGAUAUCGACAUGUACGACCCUAUCUCCGAUACGCCGUGUGAGCCGAGGACAUCAACAAUCAACGAGGAGCUCGGUCAGAUUAGCUACAUCUUCUCAGAUAAGACGGGUACGCUUACGGAUAACUCGAUGAAGUUCCGGAAGCUUAGUGUUGCGGGUGUGAGCUGGUUGCAUGAUGCCGAUUUGAAGGAAGACAAGAAGAAGAAGCUGAUUCACAAGACGAGGAAGAAGGGGAAGCAGCCUGCGAAGAGUAGGAAGAGUGUGAGAUCGGCCAAGGAUGUAGCGAAUGACGAACCUACGACGCCAGUGAUUGAAACGAUUGAGCAGCUGGAGAGCCCUGGGGAAGGGGGACCGUCAAAUUGGCAGUCGAGCGCGAAGCCAGGCAAGACAUCGCGAGAAUUGCGUACACAGGACAUGCUACGGUACAUCCAAAGAAAACCUCACACCCCGUUCUCGAAGAAAGCGCGCAUGUUCCUCCUCUCGUUAGCGCUAUGCCAUACUUGCUUGCCUGAAAUCCAGGAAGAUGGCAAGACACACUUCAUGGCUUCAUCCCCGGAUGAACUUGCAUUAGUGCAGGCAGCGCAAGACAUGGGUUUCCUACUGAUUAACCGCGACGUUCACACCAUAACUCUCAAGAUCAUGCCAUCUGGGUCUGACAGUGAACCUGUCUCAGAGGUCUAUGAGAUCCUGGACGUCAUCGAGUUCUCCAGCAAGCGAAAGCGCAUGUCCAUCAUCUUGCGGUUUCCAGAUGGCAGAAUAUGCAUCAUCUGCAAGGGCGCUGAUUCCAUCGUCAUGCAGCGAUUGAAGUUGGCUACUCUGGCGAACAAGAAGAUGGUUGAGAUUGAGCGUCGCGCUAAUAUUCGCAAGAGUAUGGAAGCUCAACAUGCGAUUGCGCGCAUGAGCGAACACGCUGAACGGCGGAGUAGUGUGGCUGGUCGUAUGAGCAGUGUUGGUGGACGGAAAAGCAUGACCAUCGGUCAGGCUGCCAGGGCUAGUCUCAACCUCGGACGUCCAUCUUUCGCUCCUAGUAUGGGCGGGCGCGGUUCCAUGUCAGCAAGAGAUGAAGUAGACCAGUGGCUACGCGAGCGUGAAAACGACCGCAUGGACAUGUCGUCCCUGGACGAAGACUCACCAAUGCAGACCCCCAUGAUAACACCUCGCCAGUCAGGUCUCGAUCGCUUCAGCAUGGCCUUUUCCUCAGCCCGAAGCUCAAUGCAACUAGAAGACAUGGAAGCCAUGGUCGACGAAGGCGUAGCUGGCGACGACACCCUAGUCAUCGAACGCUGUCUCCAACACAUCAACGAAUUCGCCACCGAAGGCCUCCGAACUCUCCUCUACGGCUAUCGUUUCCUACAUGAAUCCGAAUACCAAUCCUGGAAAGCUACCUACCUCUCCGCCACCACCAGUCUCGUCGACCGCACCCGUCUCAUCGAAGAAGCCGGCGACCUAAUCGAGCAAGACCUCGAUCUCUGCGCCGCCACCGCCAUCGAAGACAAACUCCAAGCCGGCGUCCCAGAAGCCAUCGACAAGCUGCGCCGCGCCCAGAUCAAAAUGUGGAUGCUAACAGGCGACAAGCGCGAAACCGCCAUCAAUAUCGGUUACUCGUGCCGCCUAAUCAAGGAAUUCAGCACCGUAACUGUUCUCGACCACGAAACCGGUCUCGUCGAACAAACCAUCACCUCCGCCAUCCAGGCCAUCAUUAGCGGUACAGUCGCCCACUCCGUCGUAGUAGUAGACGGCCAGACACUCUCCCGCAUCACCUCCUCCCCAGCCCUAGACACGCUCUUCCACUCCCUCGCCAUCCUCGCUUCCUCCGUAAUCUGCUGCCGCGCCUCGCCUUCCCAAAAAGCCCAACUCGUAAAAUCCAUCCGCAAGCGCGUGAAGAAGAGUAUCACACUCGCCAUCGGCGACGGCGCAAACGACAUCGCCAUGAUCCAAGAAGCCCACGUGGGGAUCGGCAUUACCGGAAAAGAAGGCUUACAAGCGGCAAGAACGAGCGAUUACAGUAUCGCGCAAUUCAGGUUCCUAACUAAAUUGCUGUUGGUGCAUGGACGUUGGAAUUACAUACGCACGUGCAAGUACACCGUCGGCACGUUUUGGAAAGAACUUUUAUUCUACCUCACGCAAGCGCUUUUCCAGCGUUCCGUGGGUUAUACCGGGACGAGUUUGUACGAGAGCUGGAGUCUGAGCAUGUUCAACACGCUGUUCACCUCUUUGCCUGUUAUCUUCAUGGGCGUGUUUGAGAAGGAUCUUAGUGCGAAAACACACACCAAAACCCUCACCAACGCCCUCGCCCUCCUCCUCUCCAUCGGCGGCUGGUUCCUCUGGAACAUCAUCCUCUCCUCCGUCUACAACCCUAGCAAUAAAAUCUACUACGUCCGCGACACUUUCCUCCGUGGUUUCGGCUCGAGUUGGAGUUGGUGGUUGUGUCUCGUGCUCAUCUUGCUCGCGGUUGUGGUCUUUGAGUUGGCGGUUAAGAGUGGGGCGAGCGCGUGGUGGACGAGCGAUACGCAUGUUUUUCAGGCGUUGGAGAGGGAUCCGGGGGUUAAGAGACGGUUUGAGGAGGCUAGUAGUGGGGAGUUGCAGAUGGGGUGGGAUAGGAAGGGUGGGAGGAGUAGUAGUAAAGACGGGGGUGUGGGCUUGGGGGCUGGCGUGGUUAGGGUGGGUGGGCAGGAAGAGAGUGAGAAGGAGAAAGAGGAACGGAGGAGGGAGGGCGAGAUUAAGGAUUUGAUUAGGAAUCGGGUUGAGGUUGUGGGCGCCGAAGGAGUGCAGGAUGGUGGCGAUGUUAAUAGGAUUCUUAGUCGGGGGUUCGGGGAUGUGAAGAGGUAG